AUGGCGGAGGACCUCACCUACAUGUCCAAGCACUAUGCACUGCUCCCACACUCUCAGUUCGGUGGUCGACCAGGAAGGACAACAACGGACGCCCUUCACCUUCUCACAAGCACAAUCAAGAAGGCAUGGAGGGAGUCAAAGGUGGCCAGCGCACUGUUUCUCGACAUCCAAGCAGCAUUCCCCAAUGUUGUCAAGCCAGUCCUCAUGCAGAACAUGAGAGCAAAAGGGAUCCCAGAGGAGUAUGUGCAGACUCUCGAGAACAUGCUGACAGGCAGAUCCACGCACCUCAAAUUCGACAAGGUGCACUCUGCACCCCGCGCUAUCACCAAUGGGAACAGCCAAGGAUGCCCACUCUCAAUGAUCCUCUACCUAUUCUACAUUGCCCCACUACUGGAGAUCGCAAACAGCAAGGACCAGCUCACCCUCGGGUUUGUGGACGACUCUACCCUGAUCGCCAUUGGCCAGAACUUCCAUGACAUGCACCUCGGACUGAAGGACAUGAUGGAACGUGAAGGAGGUGUACUAGACUGGUCACGUUCGCACCACUCACCACUCGAGAACAACAAACUCGGGCUUGUCGACUUCACCAUGUCAUCCGAAAAGUGCAAAGGCUCACAUCCCCUGGUCCUCGAGGCAAAGGACAGCAAUGGCAGAAUGUCAACAGUAACAAUUCAACCUACCGACAGUUGCAAGUUACUUGGAGUGGUGAUCGACCAGUCACUGCGGUGGAACAAGCACCAGGAGCUCGUGCACACAAGGGCAGUAAAGUGGACCUCACUAUUCUCGCAUAUACACAGGGCAUUCCAUGGCCUCCCAAUCCGCUCAGGCCGCCAACUCUUCAACUCCGUUGCCAUUCCUUGCAUCACAUACGCCACAGACAUCUGGUACACCCCACUGUACACCAAGCCAGACUCCGCACGCCGGAUGGGAUCCGUAGCCAUCACCAAGAAGCUGCAAGCCGUCCAACGUAGAGCCGCCAUCGGUAUCACAGGCGCUAUCCGCACAACAGCAGGAGAUACCCUUGAUGCGCACCUCAAUAUGCUACCAAUCAAAGAAACUCUACGCCUCACAUGCCAGAAGGCAGCGGCCCGGCUGGCAAGCCUGCCCGCUACCCAUCCUCUCUCCAAAUUUGUGAAACGAGCAUCAAGAGGACUCCUCCAGAGGCACAACGCCCCCCUACAUUGCAUCUUCCACUCCAUCGACUCCAAAGUAGAUGACCUCAAAGCCAUCACCCCAGCGUCACGCAACCCCAAUGCCACUAACCCAUUCACUAUCUCAAUAGAGGAGUCGAAGAUGUUAGCGAAAGAGGCGGACAACAACAGCAACGGCAACAGCGAGCAGGUAGUAGUUUAUACGGACGGCUCAGGAAUGGAAGGCAUGAUAGGAGCAGGUGCAGUACUCUACAGAGACGGAGUACGGAUAAGGUCAGCAAGAUUCCUGCUUGGAGAAGACAUGGAGCACACGGUACACGAAGGAGAACUUGUUGGAAUUGCACUCGGAGUCCAGCUAGCCAAGAUGGAAAGGAUCAUCAUACCACGUAUCAAGAUCAGCCUUGACAACCAGGCAGCAAUACAAGGAAUGGAGAACGUCAGUGCCAAAGCCGGCCAACACAUCAUCCACAAGAUCCACAGAGCAAUAGACAAACUGCGCAACAAUCAAAAGCGUAGACAAGAACUUGUAGAGGCGAGCGAUGACGAGACGAGGAUCAAUCGAUCGACUCAGAUCACUCUCACAUGGGUCCCAGGUCAUGAAGGGAUUGAGGGUAACAAAGCAGCGGACGAGGAGGCCAAGAAGGCCAUCACAGAUGGAUCAUCCACAGCAGCAACACUCCCACCAUGGACGAAGGACACCCUCCCACAGAAUAUCUCGGCACUCAGAUAG